AUGCUUCACUUUAAUUCUACUCCAUUUGCCAAUCCUAGUACUUUCUUCUUGAUGGGUAUUCCUGGUCUAGAAGAUUUACACAUUUGGAUAUCCAUCCCUUUCUGCUCCAUGUAUAUUGUUGCCCUCAUUGGCAACACAGUCAUCAUUUUCAUUAUCAAGACCGAGACUGUUCUCCAUGAACCCAUGUUCUACUUUCUUUCCAUGUUGGCCACCACGGACCUCAUCUUGUCAACCUCUACACUUCCCAAGAUGCUAAGUAUCUUUUGGUUCAAUUACCAUGAAAUCAACUUCCACGCUUGCCUUACUCAGAUGUUUUUCAUCCAUGCUUUCUCUGGAGUAGAGUCAGGGCUUCUUGUGGCCAUGGCUCUUGACCGGUAUGUAGCUAUCUGCAAUCCUUUGAGACACUCAUCUAUUCUUACAAAUGUUGUGGUGGCCCAGGUUGGCACAGCGGCACUUCUACGCGGGUUAGUGCUGAUGACACCACAUCCUUUCUUAGUAAGGAGGUGGCCGUACUGCCAGACCAAUGUAGUUCCGCACACAUACUGUGAGCAUAUGGCUGUGGUGAAAUUGGCUUGUGCUGAUAUUUCUAUUAAUAGUCUUUAUAGUUUGGCAGUCAUUGUAUUGAUUGUUGGGACUGACGUGACAUGCAUCUGUCUGUCCUAUGUUUAUAUAUUUCGUACUGUAUUCAGUCUCCCAUCUAAAGAUGCCAGGUUGAAGACCCUCAGUACUUGUGGAUCCCAUGUUUGUGUUAUUCUCACUUUCUAUAUCCCUGCCCUUUUCUCAUUCCUGACCCACCGUUUUAGUAGGCAUAUCCCACGCCACACUCACAUUUUACUAGCGAACAUGUAUUUGCUGGUACCUCCCAUGCUGAACCCUAUCAUCUAUGGAGUUAGAACGAAACAGAUCCGAGAAUGCAUUAUUCAGUUAUUCACAACUAAAAUCAGCUGA